UUAGCACAUUCUCAGAUCACGCAAGACCAAAACCUAGGCCACACCCACUCCACGUUCAUCUCCUCUACCGGCUUUGAGAAUACGGCAGUCAAUGCUUGGUUCCUGUGCCUUUCUCAUCACCUUCCACUUUUCUCUCCAUUCAUUUGUCCUUCAAAUAGACUCCUGCAGAGAUGGCGGAGCUGGAGGGCUUGGAGUUCGGAAAGUCAGACUUUGUGCUUCUAGACGAGGUCACUAUGGAGCAGUUUAUGGAGAAUUUGAAGUUAAGGUUUGAGAAGGGCCGUAUCUACACUUUCAUUGGAGAAGUAGUGGUGUCAGUCAAUCCGUACAGACAGUUAGAUAUCUAUGGGAAGGAGGUCAUUGAGGACUACAGGGGCAGAGAACUGUAUGAGAAUCCUCCUCACCUGUAUGCAGUCGCAGAUGCUGCUUAUAAAGCCAUGAAGAGACGAGCCAAAGACACAUGCAUCGUCAUUUCAGGUGAGAGUGGAGCAGGCAAGACUGAGGCAAGCAAGUACAUUAUGCAGUACAUUGCAGCUAUUACCAACCCUAACCAGAGGGCAGAGGUCGAGAGUGUGAAGAACGUACUCCUGAAAUCCAACUGUGUGUUAGAGGCCUUUGGAAAUGCAAAAACCAACCGCAAUGACAACUCUAGCCGCUUUGGGAAAUACAUGGACAUCAACUUCAACUUUAAUGGAGACCCCACAGGAGGACACAUUAACAACUACUUGCUGGAGAAGUCAAGAGUUGUUCAACAGCAUGAAGGAGAGAGAAACUUCCACUCAUUUUAUCAGGUGUUACGGGGAGGGUCUGAAGAUUUGCUGAAGUCCUUAUAUCUGCAGAGAGAUCCCGCAGGAUAUACCUACACCAGUCAAGGAGCCUCUGUCACACUUGCGUCCAAUAACGACUCCUUAUGUCACAAAGCUGUGAUGGCAGCACUAAAAGUGAUUGGCUUCACUGCCGAAGAGAUCAGCUCCAUCUACAAGAUCCUCAGUACCAUCCUGCACCUGGGUAACCUUCAGUUUACUACUGAUGGUGAACAUGUCGUAAUUGUCGGAGAAGACAAAUUGAAACACAUUUCCGAGUUGACGUCCACAGAGUCUGAGAAUGUCAUAAAAGCACUUCUCUACCGCACAGUGGCAACUGGGGGUGGUGAGGUCAUCGAAAAGGGACACAACGAGCAGGAAGCUACCUAUGGAAGAGACGCUUUUGCCAAGGCUUUAUAUGAGAGAUUGUUUGCAUGGAUAGUGGGUCGUAUCAAUGCUGUUAUUGAAGUGAAGGACUACAAUCCUGCCCUGCAUGGCAAAAACACUGUUAUAGGUGUGCUGGACAUCUAUGGCUUUGAGAUAUUUGACAACAACAGCUUUGAGCAGUUUUGCAUUAACUACUGCAACGAGAAGCUACAGCAGCUUUUCAUUGAGCUUAUUCUACGACAGGAGCAGGACGAGUACCAGAGAGAGGGUAUCACAUGGCAACAUAUUGAAUACUUUAACAAUCAGAUCAUAGUGGACUUAGUGGAGCAGCCUCAUAAGGGGAUCAUCUCGGUCCUGGAUGAAGCCUGUCUCACUGCAGGGAAAGUCACAGAUACCGUCUGCCUAGACAGCAUGAACAAAAAGCUGGGCCAGCAUCCUCACUACACGUCCCGGAAACUCUGUCCUGCAGACAAGACCAUGGAGUUCAAUCGAGACUUCCGUAUCCGACACUACGCAGGAGAUGUUACGUACUCAGUUGAGGGUUUUCUUGACAAGAACAAGGACCCGCUUUUCCAAGAUUUCAAGCGACUGAUGUACAACAGUUCUGACCCUGUCCUCAAAGAAAUGUGGCCUGAUGGAAAAAUGAGUAUUACAGAGGUGACCAAACGACCUCUAACUGCAGCUACACUCUUCAAAAACUCUAUUAUUGCUCUAGUGGACAAACUGGCCUGUAAGGAGCCCUACUAUGUGCGCUGUAUAAAGCCAAAUGAGGUGAAGUCCCCCUUGCUGCUUGAUGACGGACGCUGCCAGCACCAAGUCGCAUACCUGGGACUUCUGGAGAAUGUCCGUGUGCGCCGGGCUGGAUUUGCCUACAGACAGCCUUAUGCACGCUUUCUGCAGAGGUACAAGAUGACUUGUGAAUACACGUGGCCCAAUCACCUGAUGAGCACCGAUCAGGAGGCUGUGGAGGCCAUUGUGAACCAACACGGCUUUGAGGAUGAUGUAGCGUACGGCCACACCAAGCUAUUCGUGAGAACGCCUCGCACGCUCUUCACGCUGGAGCAAGAGAGAGCUGCACUCAUCCCCAUAUUAGUGCUGUUCUUACAGAAGGUAUGGAGAGGUGCAUUAGCACGUAUGCGUUGUAGGAAAAUACGGGCGAUCUAUACCAUAAUGGCACAUUAUAAAUGCUAUAAGGUGAAGGCUCACUUCUGGGAAGUGGAUAGACGUUUUGCCAACGUUCGAAACAUGGCCGACUACGGGAAGAGUGUAGAGUGGCCGACACCACCUGCGGCCCUGGUGCAGUUCCACAGAAUCACACAACACCUCUACCGCCGAUGGUGGGCAAGGCAGCUGAUCAAAAACAUACCCCCAUCUGACAUGGCAGAGGUGAGGGCUAAAGUAGCUGCUCUGUCAGCCCUGAGUGGGGAGAGAGUGGACUGGGGCUACAGUCGUGCCUGGGAGAGAGACUACUUGGCCAAUGCAAAGGACUCUCCUUUGACAAGCACCAACUUUGUGCGUAUCACUAAAGAGCUGAAGAACAAAGACCAGUACACCCAGGUCGUCUUUUCAAGCUCUGUCAGAAUGCUCAACUGGUUCAACAACACAAAGGACAGAGCUCUACUCAUCACUGACAAGCAUAUUUACAGACUGGAGCCCAAAAAACACUUUAAAGUGCAAAAACGAAUAUGUCUUGAUUCAGUGGUUGGUUUAAGCGUAACAAGUGGCAGUGACCAGAUGGUGGCGCUACAUACUGCUUCUCAGGAUGACGUUCUAGUGCACUUGCAGAGGGGUCAACUGAACCCAAAUCAAGACCGUGUAGGGGAAUUGGUGGGCGCCCUUACGGACCACUUUACACGAGUGAAGAACACUCCUCUGCCAGUGAAAGUGUGCUCCACGGGAGUCCAGGUACACAUGAGUGGCAAACCUAAGAGUAUCACCGUAGAGACCAAACCCGGCCAGACCAUCGCAGACUUCAAGAAGAGUCGAGCAGGAUUCACCUUACUGCUGCCCCAUCAGUAAUGCCAAAGCUUCACAGGACAUGACAUAAAAAAGUAUUUACCCGUUCAGUCAGGGAUGGAGCCAUAACUUCCAGAGAUUUCCCAUCAUAUCAAACAGGAUUGGAUAUUUCUGUAUAUAAGUGGAAGAGAAUUUCUAAUUUCUAAUAAGCAAUGCACUUUGUUGUUUUAAUAGACUGAUAAAGUGACAAAUAUCACCCUUGUUCCCUCGACAAACACCCAAUAGGAUUUUUACAUUGGCUUUUGGAUUAUUGCAGAAAAUAAGCUCAGUGACCAACAAAAGUUUUUCAUUCUUGCUCGUUUAGUUCAUCAUGAUAAUCUUCAACAAGCUUUAUGAAUUUCAAAGCCUGAAUGCAGCUAAAUGUAUUGUAUAAACGAACUACAUUGCGGCCGCAUGACUUCAACAUCACCACCAUUAAGCUUCAGUCAACUCUUUUAGUCUUCAUUUUCAUUUUCCCUGAAAGGUUGAGUUUAAAUAGCAAGAACACGAUUAUAAACACAACGAGGAAGUGAAAGCGGACUAGUGAGUAGAUAAGUAUAUAUGUUUGGUGUAUUGAGGUUUAAUGUUCCAGACAACCUCUGUAGUCCCAUUAAGACACUUGUGAGCAACUGCCUGUUUCAAGACAAGUAACAGCUUUAAAAAAAUCACAAGGGGGGGUUAGUGUGAUCUAUUUUAAUACGUGAUAUCUUGAGCUUGUGUUCACCACAGACCUUUUUUCUGGCAUUUAAUCAAAAACUUCAGAACGAUAGAAUCUGAAGUGCUAAAAUGCAACUUGUUUACGGGUUUUGGCCUCAAAAAAUACAUUAUCCCAUCCCUGCGGCACUCUAUAGUCCUCUGUGUUAAACAGAAGAAACGUCUAAUCUAGUUAGUGUUAGUGUGUAUAUCAUGUGGUUGAAAAGACAAUACGCAGCAUAAAUGACUGCGCUGAUCUCAUGUUAUUCUGCCGUCCCUCCUCUAUUUUUAUUUUUGCACAUGAAUUAGUCAUAAAGUGUUAUGUUUUUUUGAAUUGUGGGGAUUCAUGUAAUAAUGCUAUUUUAUUAUUUAUGUACAUUUCAGAGGGAACGUUCUAUUGAUAUGGUCUUUGCACUUUUCAUAACAGAGUAUAUUUUUACAUUUACUAUGAUUUUAUUUUUUUCUCCAGGACAGGGUGUACAUUUUAGCUGUGGAGAUGUAACCAAGAGUAUUGUUAUAUGUUAGUGCCUUGAGUUUCGUGGUACACAGACGUAUUUAACCAAGGUCAACACCUCAGUUCAAACCAUACAAUUGCUACUGCGCUGUAGUAGUAAUGUAUACACAGAGGAGUGUUUUUAAUGCUUUUUCAAAUUUGUUAAAAUUUGUCAAAUCUACACUGUAAUCAAAUAAUUCGAGGGCCUUAUGAUAUUGUUACAUUAAAUGCUACAUGCAA